UGGGCGGCGUAUCCAAAUAUGAAAUUUAGCUAAGCAUAGAUUGUCAGAUUUCAUUCCUAGUCAAACAAACCAUUCACUAUAAAAGCGCAUCCCUCUUCUUCAACCCUAAUAUCUCAUUGCAUAUCAAACGAUGGAUCUUAAGGAAGCUAUGAGGAACCAAAACGACGUUGCCGUGAACCUUUCCAUGCACGUCUUAUCUUCCGCGACCAAAGACUCUAAUGUCAUCUUCUCGCCGGCGUCAAUCAACUCUGCGAUCACCAUGCACGCCGCUGGUUCCGGAGGGGAGUCAAUCGCUAGUGAAAUCCUCUCCUUCCUCAGAUCUUCGUCAAUCGAUGAGCUCAAAACCAUAUUCCGCUAAAUAUCCUCCGUCGUCUUCGCCGAUCACAGUGCAAGUGGCGGCCCAAAGAUCACGACGGCGAACGGCUUAUGGAUUGAAAAAUCACUUCCGGUUGAUCCUAAAUUCAAGGAUCUCUUCGAGAACUUCUUCAAAGCCGUGUAUGCCCCGGUUGAUUUCCGAUCAAAGGCUGAAGAAGUUCGUGUGGAGGUGAACUCAUGGGUUGAAAAUCACACCAACAAUCUCAUAAGAGACCUUCUUCCUGCUGGUUCAGUGGCAAGCGAAACCGACAAGAUUUACGCAAACGCAUUGUAUUUUAAAGGAGCUUGGAAAAGACCAUUUGAUAAGUGCUAUACAAAAGACAGAGACUUUCACCUUGUCAAUGGCACAUCAGUCUCUGUGCCAUUCAUGACCAGCUUUGAUUACCAAUACGUAAAAGCUUAUGAUGGCUUCAAGGUCCUCAGGCUCCCUUACAGACGAGGCAGUAACGAUGGUAGUCCCAUUCGCAAAUUCUCAAUGUGUUUCUAUCUCCCCGACAAGAAACAUGGGUUGUAUGGACUCCUGGAGAAGAUGGGAUCUACUCCUGGAUUCGUGGAUAAUCACAUUCCAGGAUACAGAGAUGAACUCGAGGCAUUCAGGAUUCCGAAGUUUAAAAUCUCGUUCGGCUUUUCUGUUUCAAGUGCUUUGGAACAGUUGGGAAUGCGUUCGAUUUCACUGUACCAUAAAGCUUGCGUGGAGAUCGAUGAAGAAGGUGCUGAAGCUGCUGCUGCAACUGCUGAUGAAGAUUUAGGUUGUUCUCUUGAAAUGGAGCCUCCUAAGAGGAUUGAUUUUGUGGCUGACCAUCCGUUUCUUUUCUUGAUUCGAGAAGACAAAACUGGAACCGUUUUGUUCUUUGGUCAGAUCUUUGAUCCUUCAGAAAUUUGUUCGGGAUCUCCUUUGGAACCUACUCGUUCGGAUUCUUGCUCGGAAUCAGAUGAGGAUAUGGGUUGUUCUAUAGAUUGGUGAAAUGGUGGAGAUGGUAAAUGGUUUUGUCUUUAGUUCAUUUUAUAUAUUACAGUUUCACCAUGUUUGGUUU